GAAUGUACAGGUGUGCAUUUUUGUUAGUGGUUUUAGGAUUAGUAAACAUAUCGCAUAUGUACCAAAUGAGCUGUUAUAACACUAAGUGACAUUUUGUUUAAGCACAUCACCAUAAGCAGUGGACAUUAUAUCAGCGGAUUGUCCACACGAAGCAUACAGCUGUCACUGUCGACAGAAUCAUCUGAGAAUGUAAGGCUUAAAAUACAGUAUGCAGUAUUCAGUGUUGAAAAUGAAGUAUGCCUAUUAAAGCUGUUUAUGCAGACUAAUGCAGAACAGUUGUUCUGAUCUACAUUAGAAGUUGUGAUGGAAGAUGUGCUACGACGACUGCACAGAGAUGCAGCAGCUCCUAAAAUGGUUACAAUCAGGACGGCAUGCACAGCUGCUAUUGAAAUGCUGGAAAAUGAAGAACUGUCAUCCAAGAUACCUGCAUGUGAUCUCCGAGAAAAAUGUCUGGAACCAUUACAGCUAGCUCUGGAGUCAAGAGCGAAGAAGUUGUCUGUUCAUGUGAUUGCUGGGUUACAGCAAAUUCUAAAAGAUGAAAGAUUUCAGUCAAACAUUGAAGUGGACGAUGAGGAAAAAUGGCUGCCUGUCCAAGUUCUGAAUGCAGUCUACUUCACCCCGAAUCUACCUGAGGAGGCACAGGUGGAAAUAAUGAAGUUAUUGCUGAGUAUGACCUUUUCCAUCAGCUGGUGCAUGAAUGCCAAGGUCAUCACUAAAGUGGCUCAGGUGUAUAUAGAAACCUACUCGGUGAGCUCCCCGGGGGUGCGCAGUGCGGUGCAGGCGGCCAUGACUCAGGUGUUGAGUAGUUUUACUGAGAAACUGUGUGACGCGGAACACCAGCUGGUGAAAGAUGGAGAUGAUAUACUUGCAGAUUUUAAAGCAGGAGGAAGCAAAACGACCACGUUCGAGAGUCUCAUGGAAGAUGUUGUGAUGAUAAUAAAAUUUCUUGUUGACAAGCUUGGGGUCACACAAAGUGCUCCUCAACUGAAGAUCGUACAACCAUUGCUACUUGAAGGAAUCUAUGCGAUAGUCUCCCAUGUGCCACUUGAGAUUCGACAUCAUGAAGGUUUCAAGGAGCUGGUUUGGAAGUCUUUGUGUCCAUCUGUGAUAUCAUUACUGGGGAGUCCCAAGAUGGAGAAAAGCUCGUGGCAGCAGAAAUGUUCAACUGAGGAAGUAGGUCGAGGAUCAGGCUGUUCUGCGUCAGCACCCAGCAUUCUGUCUUCUUCUGCUAAAGUAAUUUAUAGUAUUGCGUCUGAGCUUGUGAGACUAGUGGGGAGUCUGGGCUCGCUGCGUCCUGUGCUGGAGUCGUUGUAUCAUCGCAUGCUGUUGUAUCCACCUCCACAACACAGGCUGGAUGCCCUGAAGAUCAUACGAGAGCUGCUGGGUUCAACAGAAAGAGUGUUGGACUUGUCGGGCCCUUUCAUCCCUGAAGACGAACAUAAAGCAAAGAAAACAUGCUUGACAGACAUUUCUUUGAUCAAGCUCGUUACGGAUUCUCUCCAGGAAUGUUGCCACUGCAACGAAUCGUCCGUGUGUUUCACCAGUAUUCAGUGUGUGGACAAUCUGUUGACUUCACUGGAGAAGAUGAGCCGGGGCGAGCACCUCACCCAGAGUGUUAUCGAUGCUCUCCUGCAGUUUUCUACACAGACGGAGAACGAGUGUGACAUUGAAUCUAAAAAUACCAAAGAAAAGAAAGUAGUAAAAGACAUUUCUAACUAUGAUGACAACAAUGAAGAUGAUGAUGGUGGGACAUCAAUGACUUACAAACCGGCUGACCAUCCACCACACAGUUCAGCUAGACAAGACAAGUAUGACGGAGACCCAGAACCGGAGUACGACGACCAGGAGGAGGACCUGUCUAGUAACCGUGCCACGCGGAUCACCAAGCUGCGUCUGGCUGACAUCGGCAGUCAGUCAAGCAGCGAGUACGGUGACAUGAUCAACGUGCAGGAGACCAUCCAGUCGCAGCUUGCUGAGCAGCAGUCACAGGAGCUGACGCGCAGACGCAACCUGCUGCGGGACAAGUUCGAGGCCAUCGAGAGAGAGAAUGCUCGCAGGUUUGUGCAGGAGCUGGAGAGGAUUUUACCAGAGUUGCUGGCGGCAUUUUCUGUACGAGAUGUCAAUGAGGCGCUGGAAGAGUUCGCUUCAAAUUUUUGUGCAGGUCUGGUAAAGCAGUGUGAGGUUGGUGAGACAGAUGAACCAGACGUCCAAGCUGCGGCGGCCGUGAUUCUCAAUGCUGAUGGUGUUUACAUGGCAUCUAUCUCGGCCCUGCUCCUUGCACUCAAACUCACGUCUAACGGAUACUACAACACCAAGAAUGAAUCAACACUUCCAUUUAACGAGAAAGACUUUAUGGAUGAAAUCCUGAGCAGUGGUCUCCUGUUAUUCCUGUCUCCCGCCUGGCUGAGUGAAGUCUACAAGCAAAUUAUCUCUACCAGCCUUCUAGAGAGUGCUGGCUUUGACCCGACCAAGUACAGUCCUUUAGUCAACAUGCUCAAAGACAUUGAUGGACUUGGCAGCCACGAGAUUGGAGCCCAGUUGAUGAGUGAGAGUCUAGACACAGAGACUAGCAUGAACAAACCAGCUGACGGACCCGCGGUUGAAGCUGGUAAGAAGCUAUCUCGACACCUGUUGUCUGCGUGCUGGUAUGGUGUUCUCGAUGUUUUGUCAGUACUUCUCAACGGUAAAAGUUCCUGUGGUAUUAAUGUCAGUCUGGGCUUGAUGCUGGGGACCGAAGGUGCCAAGGAGGAGAGUAUAAAAGCACGAGAUGCCAUUUGUCUGAGUUUAACUGGAUUGCAGAAAGCUGCUAACUUGUGCUGUAUCCUAGGUCUUCAGGAGAGGUGUGGUAGUGCAUUCAACCAACUGGCUAACACGUCGUGCAUCAAAGAGGACGUUCGCAGCCCGUGGCCUGGGGAGGCAAAGCUUCAUGGGAAGACAUCAGUACUACCAACUAAAACCAAACUAGUUCGACUUCAUGCUGUCCAUGUUCUCAGUAUGGAUGUUGUCAUGACAACUGGGAUGGAGAUGGGCAGCCAUUCUGCAGAUUGCUGGAAGCAUGUCUUUAGGUGUUGUGCUCACAUAUCGGAGUUGGAACAUACGUACUUUAGUGGAGGGAACAAUCAGUCAAACCUGCCAAAGGUGCAACAGGAACAGAAAUCAGAUGCAAAUAAUUCAGAAGAUAUAGAUGGUAUGGACAUGUAUUCAGCUUCUGUCUCGAUUGUACCUGUGGCCCCCAGAAUCAACGUGGCAGAGCUCAUCCGACAGACCAGCAUCGAAUCGGGCUGGGAAGGUUCACUUCUAGGAGGAGGGGUGCUCAAUGCACCUCAAGCAUCUAAGGCACUGUGUGGCUUGUCACAAGAAGUAGAUCGUCUGUUUGAGGAUGCUGCAGAGAAACUCAAUCUUCAAGGAUUGUUAACAUUUCUGGCAGAGCUGGGCGAGUCGAGUCGAUUUCAGCUGAGAAGACUACGCAGUACUGAGUUGGAGGGAAUUGGGAGCUGGUCGCGACUCCCGACCAAUGCGCUGCAUCUGUAUCGACUGCAGGAAGUGCUCAUGAAGAUUGCACACAGCUCCAGGCCUCUGCUGCACCUCGUCCGAGUGUGGAGCGUGGUGUCACCAUAUCUUGUGGAAGCUACAAACAGCCGUGAUCGUGCUGUGACAAAGAUGUCAGUGACAUGCGUCCAUGACUUUAUCGUUGCUAUGCUGAGUGGUCACGAAGAGAAGCCUCAUUUUCAUAUCAAUGAGUUCCUGUGUAAGACGUUCGAGGACAUGCUCUGCAUGGAGAUCUGUGAUGGGGAUGUGCAGGAUCAGAUUGUUUGCUCUAUCUGUGAGCUUGUUGAAGCCUGUACGGCUCAGAUCCACUCUGGGUGGCGGCCAUUGUUUGGUGCGUUGCGGUCUGUGAAGAUCGAGUACACGGCCAGUGAGGAGGUGAACGAAGCGAGACAACACCACGUGGCCGCGGUUCUCGACGUGUUUGAAGUCUUUCUCGACACGAAUAACAUCCUCAUCUUUGCCAACGCUACAGUCGACUGCAUUCUCUGUCUACUAAAAUAUGUUCAAGGGCCAGCAAGCACAAAUGAGAAGUCACCCAAAAUAGUUCCUGAUGGGAUAUUUGAGGAGCUAAGUGAUGAAGAGUCAGACUCUGGCAGUGACCUCUGUAGUCCGUCUGGUGAUGGUGAAAACCUCUGUAUCCCUGCUCUGAAAUAUUUACAACGAUGCUGCAACAUCCUGGCUUCCAUGUGGAAGAUGCCGGCGUGCCCCAUAUUUAAAGGAGCUCACAGAAUACAGCUGGGAUCCACUGUGAAAAUGGUCGACACUAACAUACCGAACAUGAAUUUUGAAGCUUUCUCCAAGUUCUUUGAAUCUGAUGACGAUGACUGGGUAAAAAUCCCCUUACCCGAUGAUGGAAUAAAGACAGAGGUUGUGUUUGAAAAAUGUUCAAACUAUGUUGAGAACAAACCAGCCAGUAACAAACAACGAGAUAGUGAUCAAGGUUACGAUGAUCAAAGCGUCACGUCUGCGGACUCGGGCAUGUUAGACAUGCUGUCCCUGGGGUCCUGCCCACACGACUGUGUACCAGGCGAGCCGGUGGAGCCCUCGAGUGUCGCCAGUCUUCCUCUGACCCUGGACAAGCUGGACAACCAUUCCGGAAUUCUGCACGUCUGGUUCUUGUUGCUCGAUGGCCUGGCUACAUCCAUCAGCAGCUGUCCCAAGAGCUUCCAGCCCAAAACUAUAGAGAUGUUGUACGAGUUGCUCAGAUCAGCGGCAGACGUUCCAGGCCCCCGGUUUGCAGUGUACUGUGUGAACCACCUGCUGCUGCCGAUGUUACAGUCGUGGCUGCGUCGCGGAGCUCGUAUCUGUGGUUACUGGGAAGCUGGGGCCGUCAACUUCAAACAGUGCUGUGGUCACAUGUCUGACCUGGUCGUAGACUACAUCUGUCGCUUUAAAGCUCUGUCAGAGGAACAUCCGUACUUGGAACUGAUGCUCAGACAGUCUUUGGAUGUGAUGAUCGAGUGCAUAGCUCAGCCUGUGGAGAAUAUUUCUCGACUUGGCUGCUCUUGUAUCAGACAUGUGCUGCUCAGUUCAGGUCCGUGCUUCACGGAGUCUAUGUGGCAGAUCAGUGGGAAGGCUCUGCAGAGAGCCCUGGACGCGACCACCUUCAGCCUGCGACAGAUCAUGAUGCUGUUCCACGUCAACUCUGACAACUUCUACGGAGAUAUCGGACAGGUCAAGGUUGCAACACGGAAAGGCUGUACCAUCAUGGAAUGUUUAAGACUUCGUCAGUUGGCUCAGCAGGUCUUCUUACUGGAGAGUCAAGUGUCAGCUAUGCCUCAGGUUCAGUUUGACAUGGAUGAGGGACAGUCAUACGUGUUUCUACUCUAUCCACAGAAUCAUAAAGACAGUCUCAACCCAGACCACAUAGUAACCAGGAUUCCGUUUCGAAACAUCGUCAUAGGUAUGCUGUCUCACCAGCUGCUACUUCAGACCGUCGGCAGUCUUUUGUUGGAAACUGCAGAGUCAAAAUCAGACCAUGAUACUGACAAAGAACAUAAAAUGCCUGGUUUACUGCAGUACAUGUCCACAAGCAGUGUGAUGCAGCUGAUGAACACACUACAAAAAGCCUACAACCUCGCAUGUGACUUCGACUCCCGGCCUGGACUCAAGUUCCUCAUCCAGAAGGUGGCCGGUCUGGAGGUCGCAGCCAACCUGUACAAGCUGGCCGGGGCAAGCACAGUGUUAUUUGUCCACACGCUGGUGGAAAUCUGUUCACACCUGACCGGUCUGACCCUGGAAAGAACCAGGUCCCUCCUGUCAAACCCACAGACAGACGCCGACAGCAUUGACUGGGUCACCAGAGGAAGAAACUCGCAGGAGAAGAUUUCGUCCAAUCAGAUUGUGUUUCUGAAUUUACUGCAGAGCACAUGUAUGGAGCUUUGCCAGAAGUACGUCGAUAUUCUGUUGGACAAGGAUGAUUGUUCCCGAUUUGACGCAAUUGCGGAUCACUCUCUGUUUUUCUUGAUAGCACAGUCGGAGGACAGUAGCAAGUCUAGGCAUGAGUCUGAGAAUUCACCCACUGAUGUUCAGUCUGAGGGAUUUAUCACAACUCCAGUCGGCAUUCAGAGUCCAGAAGCCGAUGAAACAUCAUCGCAUGUGUCAGAUCCAGUAACAGAGCCGUCGAAUCAGGGUGAUUCCCCCUCACCAACCCACACUCGCAGUAAGAGGGAGAUGCGGCAGGAGGAGGGGAGCAAGGUUUACACGGUGGCCUCUGACAAGGUCAUCCAGAACCUCAUGCAGGAGUACAAACGUCGCAAGCAGCAGAAGUCCAUGCCGGCCUUUGUCAGACUGAGCAAGAGGAAAAAAGCUGAUUCACUAAAGUCUGCCCAGAAAGAGACAGUUGAUCAAGACAUUGACAAGCAGCAGAAGUCUUCCAUCUUGAAGGACAGUGAAGCCCAUGUGUUGUCCUGGUCUGAGAUGCUGAAAACUGUUCUCAACCUGUUCCUGAUUCUCGAUGACAACCAGUUCCGUGCCCUGCUUCCAGCCGUCUUCAACUGCGUCAACCAGCUCAUCUGCCAUGCAGACGACCCCAAGUUGAAGGACAUUCUGGGACAGUGGUUCAAUCGACUUGGCCAACUCUACGAGUUCUGUCCCAAGGACACGGUGGCAGCACCAAAGCAGUGAUGAACAUUAGUAGAGUUUACUUGUAUAUUUGGUAACAAACACACUGCUAUAUAAUAUCUGACCUUUAACUUAUUCUAUAACAGAAUAAUAAAAUAACAAAGGUAGUUAAAAUAUAAUUAAUCAGCUGAAUUACUGGUGGGUUUUCACCAUUGAAUAUUUUAUCCAAAAUUAUUAAAUGCAAAUUUGUUAUUGGUUUUGGAGAAACCCUGGUUACUAUAGUGUGCUGUAAGAUAUAAAAAAGAUAGGCUUAAAGGCAGUGUAAACUAACAUUUCAUAGAUUAAGCAUUAAUUUAGUUUUUAUAGUAAUAAAUUAGAAUGUUAAUUGGAAUGUAUAUUUUUGUAUUUGUCAAAUAUUAUAUUUUAUUGUGAAAAUGCCAGAAGAGUAAUAUUUUGCUAAUAUUUUUCCAAAGUGAUGUUUGAGAGGUAAAUGGCUUAAUGAAGAAAAUUUUAAAAACAUGUCUUUGUUAAUUGAUUAAUUUAUCUGAUGUGAAUUGUAAUACAUGAUUUUAAAAAAAUUCUGUUGUUUAGCUAUAGUUAUAAAUGUUUAAACUAUUAAUGAGGAUAACAAAGAUUAGUACUGCUAGGUUCUGAGAAAUGAAUUUGUUUGUUAUUAUUUUGUCUCCAUCUGUGUAACAGUUCAUGUAUUUCACACACCAUGGCACUGAAUGUUGAAUCCUAAUACUACCGUAUUACAAUUGAAUGUGUAUUUCACUUCUGUCACAGACAGUGGUCAUUUGUUUAAUUGCUGCAUCUCUGGUCUAUGUAUACUUACACCAUAUAUUUAGCACACCGAACCACUAAAUAGUUGUUAAUAUAGUGGACUUAGUAUAUUGAAGGAGGUCUCACAAAAUGAGCUGGAAUACACAGUGUCAGAAUAGACAGUUUUCACCCAAGCUGCUGUCAAUGAAUGGGACUUUUUAAUUGUACUGGUUUACACAGAAAUGCAUGAGGUGGGAUGUGGUUGUGUGACAGAACACUUAUAUCAGGUGGGAUGUGGUUGCGUGACAGAACACUUAAAUGAUGUGGGAUGUGGUUGUGUGACAGAACACUUACAUCAAGUGGGAUGUGGUUGUGUGACAGAACACUUACAUCAGGUGGGAUGUGGUUGUGUGACAGAACACUUACAUCAGGUGGGAUGUGGUUGUGUGACAGAACACUUACAUCAGGUAGGAUGUGUCAGGAUUAAUUGUUCUCUGUGACAAAUUGAGGGUUUUCCUGUUCUAACCAGCUCCAUAUAAAAACAAUGAUAAGUGCUGUCCUGUUUGUAUGAAAGUACAUUAAACAAAAUUCAUUUGUGCUGUUUGGUAAGAAUAGCCUAUGUGGCAGUGGCAGGUAAGUGUCUACAUAGGAGACAUGGUCAUAUCAAAUUUAGCAGUUUAAUCUGUUCAAGGUGUCAUUAAACAAACAUUCCUUUCAUUAAAUAAACAUUCCUUUUUAAAAACACAAACGGUUAACCUGUUAUUGUAUUCAGAUACAGUUUGUUUCAACUUGUAUCAACUUGAUCUCAUUUUUUAGUAUGUACCUAGGAGAAAUGGGGCACUUAGGUUACACACCACUAAUAAUUACCCCAUGCAGUUCAAUACAAUUUCUAUGUCGGUAUACAUUCUGUGAAAAAUAAACCAAAUCAAGAGGGUCACGUGACUACUAAUUUUAGUGAGUGCUCUCAAUAACAAGUAACAUAAAAAAUCAGAUAGGUCAACAACAAAAAAGUUCAUUUAAUAGCCCAAAUGCCUGUGUUGCUGUUAUACAAGUGGCACCAUACCACUUGCACAGUUGUUAUCAGUUGGUACUACAUAUACCAAGUAACUUCAAACCAAUGGGUUAUUUAAAUACUACAGAGGUUAACCUACGUGUAAUCAUCAAAGAUAGCUUUCAAAAAGCAUAUUAGAAUUUUGUAGUAUGUUUUUUAUGAGUAACUAUUUCCAAAGCCAGACUAUAUUAAGCUGCUACAACAAGUAACGACACGACAAGUGGUGGCGUGUUGUCUUAAACAACAUAGAUAAUAAGAGUUUCACAUAUUCUAAUUUCUUCAAAUCUUUUAAUAAAAACCUUAUGUAUGGCUGUUAUGCUCUCAUUAUAUCUGUGUUGGUGUUAAGAUAACGAUAACCUUUACAUUCCUUGGAUAUUGUUGAUUUGACAGUAAUUUAAAAAUACAAUUCCAUUACAAAGUCUUUAAGGUAGAAGUGGAAACAAAUCAAUGUUUCAUGAUUGGGCUUAGAAAUACCCUUUGAUUUUCUGCAGUAAAAAUUGAUUGUCUUUUUAUACAUGGAAGUACAUGAUUCCUGUGGUACUAUUAAGAGCUGGUGUGUGAGAAAUGCUAUAGAUCUGAUAUUUGUCUUUUAGUGUUGUCAAAUGUUUAUAUAACUAUUGUUGGUUUAUAGCUGUUUUAUUGUUUGUUCUUUGUGGUUGAUACAGAGUGCUCACAUAGGAUGGGUGGGCACCAUCUGGCUUUAUUAAUCUCCUGUUGGUCCAAACAGAGGGGACCAUAGGCUUUGUUUUUGUUUGUCUGUCCAUCUGUCUUCUCGCAUAUAGUUUUGGUGAUUUUUGUUUCACAAUGCCUCAAGAUAUUGAGAUGAAAUUUUGGGUCUGGCUUUAUUAUAUAGUUACAGAUUUGAACUUAACAUAGUUUUCAGGAAUUGCUUUUCACAAUGCCUCAAGAUAUUGAGAUGAAACUUUGGGUCUAGUUUAAUGAUACAAAAUUACAGAUCAUGUUUGACUGUCAUGAGGAUUGAUCCAUUUUUGUUAUAACCCUUGAACUUAGAAAAAAAAAUGGUUUGGCUUUGUAGGGGACAUACAUGUAUUGCUUUAGCAGUACGCCACAUUAAUAUUCUCCUAAAUCAUCAAAUAUAUACUAGGCGGCAAUAAAAACGCAAUCUCGGAAAUGAUCAUGGUUUAUUUUAUUAUGCGAGAUCCCACAAAAAUGAAACUGAUACCACCAGUGAGACCAACCACUGGCCCAUCUGACUGGCACUGUCAGCCGCCAACAGUGAAUGCACGCCUGCAGCCUCCUAGGCAUGGACAUGCACAGGCGCCUCACCACACGUCGUGGGAUGGCUGCCCAGUGAUGCUGCAAUGCCUGCUGCAGCUCAGCGAAGUUCUGUGGUGGAUUCGGUUGGUUUUGAACACGACGUCCCAUCUCGUCCCACAUGUGCUCUAUUGGGUUCAUGUCCGGGGAAACUGCUGGCCAGUCCAACACAGUGACAUGGUGGGCACGAAGAAACGCCUGUGUACGCCUGGCAGUGUGCGGCCGAGCGUUGUCUUGCUGGAAGACGAGCCUGUUUCCGCCAUGCCGUCUCAUCAAUGGGAGGAGGACCGGCCGCAGGAUGUUGUCGACGUAGUGUUGCGCAUUAAGGUUUCCCUGUACCACCACGAGUUCGGACAGGAAGUCAGCAUUGAUGGCGCCCCAAACCAUGACUCCGCCGCCCCCGUAGCGGUCCCUCUCCAGAACACAGGCCUGCGCAACACGUUCUCCACGACAGCGGUAAAUGCAACGACGUCUGUCCGUGACACUCACGUUAAAUCUCGAUUCAUCCGAGAAGAUGACAUCUCGCCAUCUCCUGGGUCGCAAAUGCCCAUCAUUCCUGGCCCAUAAGAGUCUUGCUUGACGAUGUCUGUGCAGGAGGAUAAGGCCACAGUAGGGUCGGUGGCAAUGCAGUCGUGCUGCAGCAAGACGUCUCCGGACAGUUCGGGCGCUGAUGAAUCGUCCCCUGGUUCCCACUUCAGUCCUGGCAGUGCUUGCGGCUGUCAAAAACCGAUUGCGCAGGUGCCGCAACCGUAUGUUCCGGUCCUGUCUAUUGGUCGUUACGCGUGGUGUGCCCGAACGACGGCGGUCAUUGACGGUCCCUGUCGUCUGAUAUCGGUUGAGGAGCCGAUUAAUGGUUGACGGGUGCACGUGGAACCGUUGUGCUACCCGCAAUUGCGAGUUUCCGGCAUUCAACAAGCCAAUGGCUUGAUUCCGAUCGGUGUUGUUCAACCGAGGCAUCGUGUAGGAGUGAGAUACUCAUUGCCACCUGCGUGUUCUGAGUGUGCCCGGGUAUCAGGAAAUGCACGUGCAAAGUGUUAUUUCGCCAAGUGGUUGCGUGUGCGCGAUUUACCGGAUAAUGCGUUUUUAGCGUUGUUCCCCUUAUGUUGGGAACAGGCCGGAAGUCGACCUUUACAUGCUGCUGAAAUAAUGUGUACCACUGUACCAUGUACAUUGACGAAUAGCGUCAACGAAGUCCAACCGAAACGUAUAUUAUUUUGACAAAAGGAAAUUGCGUUAUUAAUGCCGGCUAGUAUAAUAUUAUACAGACUGGUAUGAAGCAGCCAUUGUCUUUUUAACACACCCUUUGGUUGUUGUUUAAGCCAGGUUUGACUGUACUCUGAUAAUCUUUGUUUAUGUUAACCAGUAUUGACCCACCAGUCGCUUUCUCAGAGGGCAACGCCCACUCCUCCUUGUGAACAUGUCUAGAACCUUCCUUGCCAGAUCUGUCUCUAUACUGUGAUACACAUGUUUUGGUUGUUUAGUUACACCAGUGUUAUUUAUUUAUUUACACCAUGUAAUAGUAGUAUUGUUUUCUACCCUUGUUAUGAAAUCAGGCGUGUAUUUAAUAUCAGGUGCAAAAGUAAUAGAAGCAUCCUGAUACUAUGUUGUAUAAUCACGUAUAUUUUGUUAGUGUCUGUGCAGCCAUUAGCCAGCACUGUUAUGUAAACAAUAUCAUGUAAAUUUUCAUGGGUGUCGGAAGAUGAUAGCAACUAGGAAACCUGCUAUAUAUUAAUUUCAUUUUCAAAUGUGGGGAGGGAAUGCAUUUAGUUUUUUCUUGCCCUUCCCCUCCCAUUUUCGAUGCCUAUGCACAUAAUUUCAGUUAUCUAUUAAAAGGGAUGUAUAGAUCUUAAGCUGUGAACACAUUUAUCUUUUUUUUUCAUCCGCUCCCACUUCCGCACAUGUUAUCGGUUGUCCGCCAAAUUCGAUAGUAUUGAAAUCAGUUGGUGAGAACAGACCUGUCCGCCUCCACAUCUGCACAUUUACACUUUACUGCACAAAUUGUUCUGGGACCGAUUUUGCCUGAAGCAGACAAUGAAUGUGAAUAAAGAUUUCCACUAUGUGACAUCAUAUAUGGGUGUUUCCUGACCUCGGUGUACAACCCUUCAUAGAUAUAGGCCUAAUUAUAUGAAACAUGUUUUAGCAAGUGACUUCUAUAUAUCAUAGAUGUUUGAUUUUUCCCCAAAUGUAAAUACAUUCACUGGGGGGGGGGGGGGGGGGGGAUACAAACCCCAAUGUUAUUAUUAUGUUCUCAUGGGGCAACUGUUGGCAUGCGAUCUUGCUAAAGCACAUGACAGGUGUGUUUAUACACAACGGAUGACGGAUAAUGUGUGCGGGAGCGGAAGGGAAAAACUGAUAAAUAUGAUCGCGGCUUUACACUGCUAAAAUUCACUAUCUUUAAGCACAAGGGAGGUGUUUUUGUUAUUCCAGUUUAUAACUUCUAAAUGAUUUGUUUUUGUUUUAUCUGUUUUGCCAAAUUUAUUACUCUUUACCAAUUAUUUAUCUAUUUUCAAAGUUUUAGCUACAGAUAUACAAACUGUAUAGUAAUAGUAGUAUGAUCUAUUCUACACUACUCACGAUGACAAGUUUAUAUGUAUUUAGCUAGUUUGUCUUGUGCUUGUAAUGCCAAAAAAAAAAAAUUAUGUUUACUAAAUGGAAUACUACAUGUAAUUAAUUAUUGUUAGUGUAGUGAUGUGUUGAAUACUAUGCCAAAAAUACAGUCGAUUAGUUGUUUGGAUAGCAUGUAGUAAGCAUUUAUUUUCUCAGGCAUUAAUGUUGUUAAUAAACUUGUAUGAUGUGAGAAAUAACCACAUUUCACAUUUUUAUGGUGCAAGGGAAAACCUUUUAUAAACAAUGUUUCGAGGGGUGUUUUGGGGUUUUUUGUUGGUUGUUUUAAUUUUUUUUGCAUCUUGAAUUUUUGCAUUCAUUUCGACAUUUUGUGCAAUCCUUUACAUGUUCGAACCAAAUAUUUUAUAUUGCUUUUGAUUUCUACACUAAGAGAUAUUAUGUUAUAAUUGCAACACGUGAGAUGUUUUUCUUUAAAUGUGCAUUUAAUUUUCUGGUUUGUGAUAAAACAUAUACAUUGUUAAUCUUAUUAGGUUAGCUGCUAAUGAAUCUAGCAUCUUUAACAUUUCAGUAAAGAUUCUGUGACCUUUUGCACACAUCAUUUUCAAACACUAAUCAAGAUCUGGUUUGAUGAUCACUGUUGCAAGUCUAUAGUCUAUAACAUCAAGCAUCUGUAUUUGGCUCUUAAUUGUCUCACCCUUUUAAAUUUUCAGUUCAAUGCCAAGGUGCUCUAUGUUUACUCGCUCACUUUUUUUUUCAUUUGAUGGUCAUCACAACCUAUACCUGGUGAAAGACAUUUGGGGCCGAGACAUUUUUAUAAUGUUCUCAGUGUUAUUGUUUUUAGCAGUCUUAAAUCACACUAUAUUGUAAUAUAAACAAAUUUAAAAAUUAAUUGUCUAAUUUUUGGUAUAUGAGAUUGAAAUACGUUAUAUAGGGCAAUUGUUAUCAGUUUAUGCCAAAAAGACUUACAUGAAGGAAUACACAUCUUUGCCUGACAAGUAACCUUUUUAGUUAUCAACUAAGAUUGAAAGUGAGGAACCUUGUUGAAUGUUAUGAUGGGGAACAAAUAAUUAAUAUUUUUAGUGCAUUUAACAAAAACCUAUUUACACUUGUAUGCUAAAUAUAUUUUGGGGGAAAUGGUAGUUACUCCAGAUGCAGAUUUCUUGUAUCAUAAUUUGUCAAUUUAUCUUUAAAUGAAAGAGUGAAUGUUAGAAAUUGUUCUGUUUUAAAUGUCAUUUCAAAUUAUGCUAUAGUAUACUAAUGAUAUUUUCAUGGGAUUGUGCAAUCAUUUUAGUUGUUUUUCUUUUCUUUCUUUUUGUAUGAACUAAACAAUGUAAAUGUUUAAACAAAACAGUACAAUGUACUUUAGUAUAUUAUAAAUUGUCAGAUUUUUUUGUCUUUUUGUUUUUAAACAUACACAUUUUUCAGUUUUAUGUAUUUGUAAUUGUUUUUAUAAAAUACUUUAUAACACUGUAUUUAUUUAGGCUAUCUAGGGCUAUGAAAACGUUCUGAGGCAAUAUUUGAAUGUAUAAAGAAUUGUUUUGCUCUACAUAUCCAUUGAUUAAUGGGAGUAUUAUUAAAGUUUAGUUUUAUUUUAGAAUUAUCAUAAUGAUUAAUCAAUGAAAUAGGUUACCUGAAUAUUUGUUUGCAUUACCUGUAAAUGUGUUCUGCAAAUAUUCAAUUCUCAAAGGCGUGAAUGACAUUGACAGAACCUCACCUGUACUGUUGUUAACAACUGAACAUUAUGAAAAAUGAAAUCACCACCUUGGACGAUUAUCCUUUGAACUACAUACAGUACUCUGGGAAGAUUUGAUGGAAUAAGCUGUGCCCUUUAUGAAUACAUUUUUAUACUUGUUUGUAGAAUUUUGGUUAACAGUAAUUUCAGAUUGGUGAUAAAUUGUAUUAUUUGAA